ACUGCCCAAUGAGCUGCGCGUUAAUGCACGGGCCCAACACCGCACAAGAGAAGAAUAAGUAUUUUAAAGUGUUACGAGCUCCAUAAUAAUAAUGUAUGGGUACAAAUUCGAGAAUCGAGACUCGAGACAUUACCAUAUCGCUUGCGAGACGUUUUUUAAAUCGGUGCGAUAUUGGCAGUAUUGAGGAUUGCGCUCGACGACCGACACUCGCGCGCGCAGCUUUUGCGGAGUUCAUUGCGUCGGCGCGCACGAGACGACGAUAUAAUCAUAAUAACGAGUUUGUUUUGGUUUGUUGUCGUCGUCCGCCGCGGCACAUGCCAUUUAUUAUAAGCCCGUUUUCGACCGUCUGGUGCAGCGCGAGUGCGGGACUCGGUGGUGCAAUUUCAAUUUUUCUACUGUGUUCGGAUUCUGCGUUUUUCCGUUAAAAAAAUGUCGGUUCACGAUCUCAGAAGGCAGAUGACCCUGCUGAAAUUUCCAUACGACGCGAGAGAGGCACUGAAUCGACUAGAGGUCUUGUUCUCCAAGCCGGCCAAGCAGAUCGAUCUGCAGGAGGAGCUCAUCUCGCACUACGUCUUCGGCGAGAUCGACCGAUUGCAAAAAUCGAAGAAGCCCCACGCCAUGAAGGAGCUGCAGCUGAUCGACACGCUCUGCGACUUCUUUCGCAGCCCCGGCGGCAAUCCGGCGAUGCGCAACGCGGUCUUUCUCUCCCUGUUCCCGGCCCACAAUCCCCGGCUGAAGACUCUGGGCCUGCUGAUAUCCUACUGCAUCUCGAUGAACAACGAUCCCACUCUCAGCGCGGCCGGCAUCUGGCUCCAACAGAUGGGACCCACCACGCUGGAGAGCGUACGACUGGCCGAGCAUCUGUACAGCGACUUCUUCGUGUGUUUACCCAAUGCCCGGAAGGUCCUGAUAGACCUGCCCGUGCGAGUUCCUCAUUUCACCGCAAAUCUGUUGACUGCUUUUGGAGAAUUGUACAGUGAAACCAAGCCCCCGCUCGCGUUGGUAAAGAUCGUUGGUCAGUGGAUCAAAGAUAAUCCCAAUAUAUUGUUGUUACCCCUGACAGAAACUCCUGCUUUGCCUAGCGGAUGUAUACCAAUGACACCUGUGACACCGAUAGCAGGAUUAUUUAGGUGGUCUAUUUUGCAUCCAAUAAGAGAUUCCGAUGAAGAAUCGGAUGCCGAAGAAAUUACCAAGUGCUACAAUGCAAUUCAGCAAAUGUUAAUGGACGCUGUCUUGAAGUUGAAAAAAAUCAAUUGUGGAAAUGCCAUUUCUGCUCAACAUUUGGCGGCAACGAUUCGCACAGCCAAUUCAAUAUUACAAAAAAGACCUGAAACUGAUGAAUCUUUAAAGCAAGUGUCUCUGGAAAGGCUUGGACAGUCGAUUAGCACGGCAUUGUCUGUCAAAUGUAUAUAUGGAAACAUACAGGAACUCUUAGCUCUCCUACAGCCAUUAUCACAUCAACAUUUUUUAAUAGAAUGGACUUUGCAGACAUAUGGACCAGAAACUUCUUAAAAAAUAAGUUAUACUUAUAUAUUGUUGAUAUUGUACAGAAAAUUAU